AUGCUUAAGCACUUGAAAGUAUGCAAAAUUUUAAAGCGAGAAGCGGUCACUGAUGAUGAAAGAGAUGGUAAAAGGUUGAAGCAGUCAACUCUACAUCAUCAAAGACAAGAUAAAUGUGCAGGUAGUUCAGUACCUUCUUACUUGGUGUAUGAUCCAGUUGCGAGUCGAAAAGCAUUGGCGGAAAUGAUAAUAAUGGAUGAGUGGCCAUUUAGGUUUGUUGAACGCAAAGGAUUUAGGCGUUUCAUGCGUAUAACUCAGCCAAGAUUUGAUAUGCCUUCUCGUAGAAUUGUGACUAGAGACACCUUAAGAAUCUUUGAUGAAGAAACGUCCAAGCUUCGAAGCUUUUUCAGGAACUAUAAAGGUAGUGUUUGUCUGACUACGGACACAUGGACAUCAAUACAAAAUCUGAACUGCAUGUGUCUUACAGCUCAUUAUAUUGAUGAGGAUUGGAAUUUGUACAAGCGAGUGAUCAACUUUUGUUUGGUGGAUAAUCACGCUGGUGAGACCAUUGAAGCUGCUUUUAAUCUAAAGAAAGGUUUUGAUAUGCUUGAGUUGGAGGAUGACAAGUAUCUUUCAGAACUUGCACGAAUUUGUCAAGUUGCACCAAGUGAUGAAGAUUGCAGUGUUGCAAGUGCAUUGUUACCAAUAUUGCGGUUCUUUUACGAUGCAACUUUGAAUAUUUCUGGAUCUAAGUAUGUUACAGGUUACACAUACAUGAAAGAGAUAUUUGGAGUGGGCUUGAUGAUAGUGAAGAUGGACACCAUGGGAGACCAAUACAAAAAGGAUAUGGCUGAGAAAAUGAGUGAAAAAUUCUACAAAUAUUGGGGGAACUACAAAAAUAUUAAUAUGUUGAUCUACGUUGCUGCCAUACUUGAUCCUCGUUAUAAAAUGAAAUGGGUUGCAUGGGUAAUUAAUGGAGUUUACCAUACAGAUGAAGCUGUUUGUCUACUUGGGAUGAUAAAAAACACUUUGGAGAGGUUGUUUGUGUAUUAUGAGUCUUUACAGUCUAAAGUUGGAGAAGAAACUAUCCAAGAGAAAAGAAAUUCAAAGUCAAGUUCUCGAGACAAAGACAGAACACAAUCGUUGAUGGAUUCCAUGUUUGACGAAGCUGAAGAAAGUGAAGAUGAUGUUGUUGUCAAAACAGAGUUAGAAAGCUAUCUCGAUGAAGCUCGGAAAGAUAGAAAAAAUCCAGACUUUGAUAUUUUAUUUUGGUGGAAGACAAGAGGCUCAAAGUACAAGCUUUUAUCAAUGAUGGCAAAGGAUGUGCUGGCCAUGCCUGUAUCAAUUGUUGCUUCGGAAUCUGCCUUUAGUGCUGGAGGCCGGGUGUUGGAUCCGUUUCGAAGUUCUUUGACUCCGUGUAUUGUUAAAGCUUUAUUUUGUACUCAAGAUUGGUAUCGUGAAUUCGUGAUGAUGAUGAAGAUUUGA